AGAUUCUCUUAGCCGGUCACCUCACAUUGAUUUCAAUCACGGUCCGUCCAUGCUGUCGUGACAUCCGACGUCCUCGCGGUACGGUCUUUAUUCGGUUCUCUUUAGGCGACAUUCAACAGCGCGUCACCCCGGCUUGGCUAAGGAGUCUGUUUCGCACCUCGCAACGAGGUUCAUGCUCGCCGAGGCAACAGGACGAUCUUAUCAAGAGUAACAAGCGAGCGCUGACCGUUGACGUCUCUUCGAGCGGUCUAGAGCCACUGCAUUUCCGGCCCUGACUCUUUGGCGUUGCCGGCACGAUGUCUCUGCGCGGUCGAGCUGAAGCGGGAGCGGCGGCGGCUGCAGCAACCACGGUUGACGCUGCCACGUCAUCCGUGGUGCCCGCGGUUCUUGCCGUCAUCGGUGUUGUUUCGCUCAUCACUUCGAUUGCCUUCGGCGCUUUCGUCUACAUCCGCGUCUGUAAGCCUGAACUUGCCGCAAAGCUCCGCAUGAAUCGUGUGCGCGGCAAAGACGAGAGCGCGAAGAGUAAAGGCAUCAUGAUUGGCGAGCCGCAGCUGAAAUUCGCUCCGCAACAUGUCGACAACGCCAUCGAUCUAGGCAAGACUUCCGUGGAGCAGCGCACUGCCUUAUCGCGAAGACAUCUCGAGAAGCACAAUGGCAUGUCCAAUGAGCUGGCUGCUCGUGCUGCGGCCAUGUGGGACAUGCCAUCGAGCACUUCAAACGAGACGAACUCCUCAGGCCCUGCACCAGCCACCAGCUCCGAGUCAGAGAUCGGUGAUGGGAGCAAGGAAGCCGAUGAAAUCCGCAGGCCCAAAGCAGCUAGGCUCAGCAGCGGUAAAGGUUCCAUGCGCAUCACAUCUGCUGAGCAUUCGACGGUCGCUCGAACCGAAAGGCGUGCCAAUCGAGUAGCUGUACCCUCUCAGCUGCUCCGCAGCCUCGGCGAGCUGCCCUCGGUGCCGGACCUGGCAGACACGACGACUAACUCCUCCGCGUCAGAGUCCUCGCUCGACUCUGUUCCUCGCCUGGCUCCGGUUGUGGGCCAUCACACACUCGAUUUGGAGGAAGGGGGUUCACUGACGCCGAUCCUCAACCUCAAUUUCGACCUGGAGCCUGCUACCACGCGGACCACCAUGCGGAUCGAAGAUGAUCUCGACUUUGAGAUCCAGCGCAGCGCCUGGCUCACCAACACGCUCAGCACGGCUUUCGAUUGCGUCAAGUCGUCUCCUCCCAACAGCGGCUUCAUCGCCGAAACGGACCACAAUGGCCCGAGUACAAUGUCCCUGGUGCCAGUCUCACGAAAGCAGAGCAUCAAAGACGCGAGGCCGUCCAUUGAGUCGAAGCGCUCUAACAAUACCUACGCCUCUAGCCGUGCCAGGUCCGGCAGUGUCUCUACAAAGCUUACCGGCGGCGGCGACACCGUGUACCAGUCUGCAUCGUCGCUCGCCUCAGCUCGAUUUUCUGUCGAUUCGUACGCACCUCCCAUACCGUCCAUCCCAAGCCACAUGCACGUUGCAAUCAACAUGCCCGAGAAGCUUGAUGGCCUUGACCGGCGAAGCAGCCAGGUGCGCAAGUCUCUCGGCAAGCCGAUUGAUGUCCCCGUCAAGGAAGUGGAUGAGUCGGAUGAGGCUUUGCCCAAUCUCGCGUUCCGACCUCUCAGCCUUGGUCUCUCCCUCAGCAGCUCCUCCAACUCUUCGAUUGGCGCAGCGCUUUUCAGAAAUGCACGCCGAAGCUUUUGGGAUAGCAACAACAACGUCGUAGAAGAUCCAGAGUCUGGCAUCUCGUCUGGCAUCUCGUCUGGGAGCUCGUCAGGUCGUGGUGAGCUAGAAAGCUCGCGAUCUCGCUACAGCACAGAGGAAGUUUCGUCGCAAUCGUCUCGUACCUCGAGCCGCGUAUUUGCACCUGGCGCGGACGCCCCUCCCGUCCCAUCUUUGCCGAGCCAUGUCAGCUCGGACCCCAAGUUAAGCUCCGGCAACUCCCAGCGGACCGCUGGGACGGCAUCGCACCCCGGCGACUCUUCGGUUCCCUCAGUGAUGGUCUCUGACGACAGCAUGACCGUCGAUGAUAACUCUUACGAAACGCAGUCGACGUCAUUCGACAUCAGUGCGCUUCGUGAGGUGUCGCCUGUUGUGCCUUCCAAGGAGUGGAAGGCGGCUGCGACGCCGUCGAGUCCUAUCGACAAGCCUUUGCCCACCAUCCGGGAGCAUGUGCUUGACGCUCAUCGAUCGGUGGCCCUAGAUGCCACCAAUUUCCUCGCCUCCAGCCCGCCUGCUGCAGCGAUAGCAAAAGAACAGAGCAUACGAAGCGAAGCGGAGCAACGACGCGAAAAUCUGCUCAGUCAACUUGCUCCUGAUCCCAGAGAUCUGUCUCGUCGGCCCUCAUUCGCAGACAACAUCAGAGCCCGCUUUUCACGGCACAGUCCGGCGCUGCCAUCAAGUCCCGGUACCGAAUCGCCCAGUUGGGCCAGGGAGGUGCUGUCAAAGGAGAAAGCCUGCAACGUCGAGCGCCCUGAUACCAUGUCGACAAUCAGCACCAGCUUUGGCGCACCAGCUACCGAGCAGUGGCGCGUUUCGACCGAUGACGACGAAAUGCCGAUGUUCCUCCCAAAGGACCGUAUACCCGGGACCAAGGACGCAAUCGGACUGGGACUCAGCGGUGGCGACGAAAUCAACGAACGUUCGCGCGAUGAUGCGGUGACGACUGCGGUCAUGGGAAGAGUCCUGCAAGCGAGAGAGGCAGCAGACCGUGCCAUCUCAGAGUCGCCCAUCAUGCAAUCCGGCAAGUGGGCUACCGGACGCAAGCAACAGCAGGAGAGGUGCCAAACAGCGUCCACCGCAGCUGAUGAGGACGCAGACAUCGAUUUCGGCGCGCUCAACACUUCCAUCACCGUCGGCUCUUCAGAGUCUUCGCCUCUCGAAGAGUUCCAGCGCACCCUUUCUCACUUGCCGAGCCGGCCGUCGUCUACGGCCCCGCAGUACCCGACGCGUGAGCAAGCGCAAGCGCAACCUAGCAAGGCGCCCGUUCUGUCUCCGGACAUGAAUCGCAGCUCUCCCCGCUUUGGAGCGGCAUCAGCGUUCUCGCCUUCACGACCGUCGCGGGCUAGCGCUUACAGCCUUGCGUCGCCACGAACUGAUGCAGAUACGAUGAGCAUCGCAAGCAGCUGUCUGACGGAGACGAUGGGCGAAGGGCAUGACCAGGCGAUCGAUCGGCGGGCCAAGCUGCUACAGAGCGUGCAGCAGAGCCUGGCGGCGCGAACGAAACGCGAAGACACCUUCGGACGCUUCAUGCUACGCGACUCGACAGUGCCACGGUCGCCUUCGAGCUUUCUGCGCAACAAGCAAGACGCAACAAGCUCACCCGUGAAAAAGCCGUCAGACCUAGUGCUGCGGCCGUCGAAUAUUCUACCUCCACACAUCCUCAGCCCGCUAACGCCACCCGAGACGCCUGCAAAUCCGAGCCCGAGCCCGACGGAGUCGGUGCACACGAUUAAGCCACCGCUGGCAGCUGCUUCGUCAUCUUCGUCCACGGGGCAGCGAUCACCGCUCGCGCAGCCGCUCAGCUCUUCCGAAUCGCAGGGGAGUAUGAGCAGCGCCGCGUCGGAUGUAACGGAGAGCUUCCGCAGUCCCGCACAGACGGCAUUGAAAGCGCCGAAGCUGCGGCCGCUCUCGCUAACGGCGAACAGCAGCAUCCUGGACGACCCGUCGCUGCUGCCCUCGCCCACGUCGCGCCACCACGCCCCGGGCGCAGCAUCCCCCGCUGGAUCGGCGACGAGCAGCGGCGCAUCGAACAUCAAGUCUCGCACACGCCAGAUGUACGAGGAGCGUCGACAGUCGCGCGCCGGCGGCAUCCUGCCCGUGCAUGCGGUCGACACCAGCCCCGGUGCUAGUUUUGCGAAGCGAGCGGCGACGUUCGCGGGUGCUGGCUUCCCGUCGCACUUUGCGGCUGCGACUGCAACAGCGGCGAUUUCGGAAGGCAUCGCAUCGCCACAGAUCGGCCAAGCGACCUGAAGCCUCUCCUUCUCCUCACUCGUCUCUUUUUUCGUUUGCGCGCGCACGAUUAGCCUAUUGGAUACGGUACCUUUCUUGCGAGGAAGGCAU